AUGGUUGAGGGAAGAGGCCGAGUAAUGGUGGCAAUGGUGGUGCUUUGUCUACUAGUGGUGGCGUUUCAAUGCGAGGUAGCUCUAGCAACUACUUAUGUUGUCGGGGAUGACAAUGGUUGGACGUUUAACGUCGCUGGCUGGGAAAACGGCAAGAAUUUCAACGCAGGCGACGUCCUUGUGUUUAACUACCCACAAGGAGCACAUAAUGUGGUAGCCGUGAACAAGGAAGGCUAUGAUGGGUGCAGCACAACCCCAAGCGAUGCAAAGGUGUACACAAGUGGAAAUGACCAAAUUACCCUUGUGAAGGGUUUUAACAACUUCAUUUGUAGUUACUCUGGUCACUGUGAUAGUGGCAUGAAGAUUCAAAUCUCUGUGUCUUAA